AUGUCCAGUAUUGAGAGAAGCCCCAGCCCCAAAAACCGGGGAAGAUCUCCCCCUGGGGUCCACGAGGGAAACGCCAAAGUCCAAAGCUUCAACCAGCAACACGGCGACGCAAAACUGACGUCUUUGCCACACAAAAAACCAGACGUUUACCAGUACGACAUGAGCAAAACAGCAGGUUCAGCCAACGACCGGGGCGGACCUGUGGGAAAUGCAGGAAUGCUGUACCAAGACAGCAAAGCAUCUGUAACACAAGGUGGUGGUAUUGGCACUCACCCUGAGACUCACGGCCACCCACAGAUUGUUCCUCCAGGAUUUGACGGUCAUCUUCAAGUGAAGGACUCAUUUCUCACUGGCAGGGCAUUAUUGUAUUUCACGUCCGUGUUUGUUUCCCUGGGUGUCUUUUUGUUUGGAUACGACCAGGGUGUCAUGUCGGGUGUCAUUACAGGCCCUUAUUUCAAAGACUAUUUUGAUAAUCCGUCGCGUGCCGCAAUCGGUAACAUGAUCUCGAUCCUAGAGAUAGGAGCUUUGAUCAGUUCGUUAUUGGUUGGACGUCUGGGUGAAAAAUGGGGCCGUAGACGUACGAUCCGUUACGGUUCCUUUGUAUUCAUCAUCGGUGGAUUGAUCCAGACUUCGGCUUUGAAUUUGAACUACCUUAUAGUAGGAAGAGUGAUGAGCGGUCUCGGCGUAGGGUUGUUGAGUACUAUCGUACCCAUCUAUCAGUCUGAGAUAUCGCCACCACACAACAGAGGUAAACUCGCGUGCAUCGAAUUCACAGGAAACAUUGUAGGCUACUGUUCCAGUGUUUGGGUCGACUACGGCUGUUCUUUCAUUGAAAAUAACGCGUCCUGGAGACUGCCUUUAUUCAUUCAAUGCGUCAUGGGUCUGGCCUUACUGUUGGGUACUUUCGUGAUUGUAGAGACUCCAAGAUGGCUUUUGAAUCACGAUCAUGAUGUCGAGGGACUGAUAGUCAUUGCAGACCUGCAUAGCGAUGGUGACGUCCAGGAUUCCCGAGCUCAUGAAGAAUUUCAAACAAUCAAAGAAACCGUUUUGGUAUCCAGACUCGAAGGCGAAAAAAAAUCCUACUCAUACGUGUUCAAACGUUACAGAACCAGAAUGCUAAUUGCAAUGAGUUCUCAAAUGUUCGCACAGCUGAAUGGUAUUAAUGUCAUUUCUUACUAUGCACCAAUGGUUUUUGAACAGGCCGGGUGGGUAGGCAGAGAUGCAAUCUUAAUGACCGGUAUUAAUGGAAUCAUUUACGUCCUUUCCACGAUUCCACCUUGGGAAUUGGUAGAUAAGUGGGGUCGCAAGCCCAUUCUACUGAUAGGAGGAAUUGUAAUGGGCCUUUCUUUGGUCUCUAUCUCGGCUUCGAUUUACAUUAACACCUCGUUCACCCCAAAUCUAGUCGUGGUUUUCGUUAUCAUUUUCAAUGCCUUCUUUGGCUUCAGUUGGGGACCAAUUCCUUGGUUGUAUCCAGUGGAAAUAGCGCCUUUGUCCGCAAGAUCAGCCAUGGCAUCUGCUUCCACGGCAACCAAUUGGCUUUGCAAUUGGCUCGUUGGUAUCAUGACACCCAUAUUGCAAGAAAAAAUUGAAUGGAGAUUGUAUUUGAUCCACGCAACGUCCUGCUUCAUUUCCUUCUGGUGUGUGUUGAGAGUAUACCCCGAAACUGCAGGGUUGCGUUUGGAGGAUAUGGGAUCAGUUUUUGACGAUAAGUCGUCAACUUUCAGUUUCCAUGGCUCUAUUGCUGGAGUCGAUGUUGACGCAGCAUCUUUGGCCAACUCUUCGACUGCAAAUCCGUCUCAAGCGCGCAAACCAUUGAAACCUCAGUCUUCAUUCUAUGAUGGUAACAAUUCGGCUUUAAAUCAAGUGCAUCCAGGUGGUGCCCAGCAGGAUCUGCUGCUAAAUCAGCCUCCUGCAAACAGUAGUGCUCAGAGUGUUAUGUCCAAAAAAAGCAUAGCAAGCACAAAUAUGCUAUCGGCGGAAGCUCUUGACCCACCAACGUUGCAGCAAGUUCUCGAAUUCAAAAAGGGCCAACAGCAGCCCGGAAACUUAAGAAAAUUGGUCAGAAGAGGGUCUGAGACAGUGGGAUUGAUUUACGGAAGGGUUGUGGGUAUAAGCAAAUCUUCGGAUGAUGGCGCAUAUGGAACGCUACCAGCCAAUGAUCCAUCAAAUCAAAGAAACUAA